AUGACUGCGGAAACCGACAGCAGUGUUUUACUGACAGAGACAAUGAAAAAGUUUAUAAAUGUUUGUUUUGUGCAUGUCUGUGUUUCAGGGUCUGAUGGUCAGCAGGGUUGGGGAGUGAAUUACAGCUCUUCAUCUGUUUGUGUAUUAAAGGGAUCAACAGUGAAAAUAUCCUGUACUGUAAAAUAUCCUCAUGAUCAUCGGCUCAGAUCAGUCUACUGGACCAAACAUGCUGUAACUGAUGGAGAAGCACCAGACCUGUGUUCAGACCCUGAUAAAACAGGAAGAGUUCAGUGUGUCAGAGAAGAUAAAGACACUUCCAGCAUCACUUUGACUGCAGUAACAGAAGCUGAUAAACACAUCUACUACUGCAGAUUCACUACUGAUGUUGAGGGUGGAAAAUGGACGGGGAUUCCUGGAGUUCAGCUGGACGUCACAGACCUGCAGGUGGAGACACAGCAGACUGUUGCAAAGGGAGGUUCUGUGACUCUGAGCUGUAAAAGCAGCUGCUCUCUGCCUGAAGAAACUACAUUCAUCUGGUACAGAAACACAGAGACAAUAAAUAAAGGAAUCAGAACAAAGAAUCAGCUUCAGCUGUGGUCAGUCAGCUAUUAUGAUGAUGCUGGAUAUUAUCAGUGUGCUGUAGAAGGAAAUGAACAUCUGAUCUCUCCUGCUGUUUAUGUCAAAGUAGGAGGUGAGUAUAAACAAGAAGAUGAGUGAAAUAUCUCACAUGUGGAGUUUCUUAAAUUGCAUUUGAGUGAACAUGUAAAGCUUUCCUCAAACUGAUAUCUUUUGUGUGUUUUAAAUAUUUGAGCAAAACAAAAGAUUUCUGUGAUUUUGUUUUUGCUGAUAGCCUGAUCAGUUUUCCUCAUGUCUGUGUUUCAGGGGUUGAUGGUCUGUGGGAAUCUGGAGUGAAUUACAGCCCUUCAUAUGUUUGUGCAUUAAAAGGAUCAACAGUUAAAAUAUCCUGUACUUCAACAUAUUCUGUUUAUGGUUAUCAGCUUAUGCAAUCUGUCUUAACCAAACCUGCUGUAACUGGUGAAGAACCUCCAGACCUGUGUACAGAUCCAGACAAA